GUCUGUCCCUUACGCUGAGCCCCCUCAGGGCGCUCCCGCUCCGUGUCCCGCCUGUGAGGGGUCGCGGUUGUGCAGCCCCUCUGGCCGGGCAGCUCCGGGGCCGCCGGCGGGUCCGUCCCGCGGGGCUGGGGCGUGCGGACCCUCAGGGCGUCUGCGCUGGCGCUGUGUGUGCCCGCAGCCGCCAGCCGGGGCAAAGGCAGCUCCCCGCAGCAUCCCCGCCACGAGCAGCUGUCCCCGGCAGGUCCCACAGGGGCCGGGCAGUCCCGCGGUGCCACAAGUGCCCCUGUUGGUGUUACAAGCCGCUCGGUCUGGCGGGGCUGCCGUCCGAGGCCAUCGGGGACAUUCAGCGAAUGCUGUGCUCAACUUCCAUCGUUUACCCGCAAGUUUCUUCCUGCCUUUUCCCUCAAGCAGCUUCACUUGGGUUUCUCUACACCUGUUCCUCUGGCCAGUGAGCCGGGGGUCCUGGAGCAGCACAGCGCGGUGGAGGGGACGGGUUUGGCUGGCCUGCAUGCGUGUAGGGGACAGUCGAAGAAGGAAGAUGUGAGUUAGAGAGUGAAAAUGUGUGGCAAUUGCUCCUGCUUUGACUGAUCAGUCACCAGCUGCAAAAGGACCAAAGUCACAGUGCUCACCUGCUUAAUGCGUGAGUUGCAUCAUCCUUGAGUAUCAAUGAGAGACCAAGUAUGGCUUUCUUCAAGCAACAGAAGGUGGAGGACGUUUAUGAAAUUGGGGAAGAGCUGGGAAGUGGCCAGUUUGCUAUAGUGAAGAAGUGUCGAGAGAGAAGCACAGGGCUGGAAUUUGCUGCCAAGUUCAUCAAGAAGCGGCAGAGCCGGGCCAGCCGGCGCGGGGUGAGCCGCGAGGAGAUCGAGCGCGAGGUCAGCAUUCUGCAGCAGAUCCUGCACGCCAACAUCGUCAAGCUGCACGACAUCUAUGAGAACAAGACUGACGUGGUCCUCAUCCUGGAGCUGGUUUCUGGAGGAGAACUUUUUGACUUCCUGGCACAGAAGGAAUCUUUGAGUGAAGAGGAAGCAACCAGGUUCAUCAAGCAGAUUUUGGAUGGUGUGAAUUACCUUCACUCUAAGAAAAUUGCUCACUUUGAUCUAAAGCCUGAAAACAUUAUGCUUCUAGACAAGAGUAUCCCUAUUCCACACAUCAAACUCAUCGACUUUGGCCUGGCUCACAAAAUAGAAGAUGGAGUUGAAUUUAAAAAUAUAUUUGGAACUCCAGAGUUUGUAGCUCCAGAAAUCGUAAACUAUGAACCCCUUGGGCUAGCUGCAGACAUGUGGAGCAUAGGAGUCAUCACCUACAUACUGCUUAGUGGUGCAUCACCUUUCCUUGGAGAAACUAAACAAGAAACACUUGCCAACAUCACAGCUGUGAAUUACGAUUUUGAUGAAGAAUUUUUCAGCAAUACUAGUGACCUGGCAAAAGACUUUAUUCAGAAACUACUGGUGAAAGAUACACGGAAGCGGCUUACGAUUCAGGAAGCUCUAUCUCAUCCAUGGAUAACGCUGAAAGAUGAAACCAAAGUCCAGGAAAACAAGAAGGUGGAGAACGCGCAGCUGAAGACGAAGCGCCUGAGGGAGUACACCAUAAAGUGCCACUCGAGCAUGCCCCCCAACAACACCUACAUCAACUUUGAGCGCUUUGCCCGCGUUGUAGAGGACAUUUCCCGUGUGGAGCAGGGCUUCAGCUCCCUGGCUGCAUCCCACGAUUCCUUGCAGGAGGACAUGGAUGCUCUGCUUUCCAUUUAUAAUGAGAAAGAAGCUUGGUACAAAGAAGAGAGCGAAAGCGUGAGGCACGCGCUGUCCCAGCUGAAGUACGAGUGCCGUAAGGUGGAGUCCCUGAAACGGCACUUGCACGAGGACACUGAGGCUGUCAGUGCCACUCUCACAGGCGUCUGUGGGAAAUAUGCUGAGCUGCAGAGCCACUAUGAAUCCCUCAGGCAGGAACUUUCUGAGGAAAUCAAGUGGAUACAGGAUUUAAUGAGCAGUUUUCAACUGGAAAGUGAAGCCUGUGUGAAUGGAAACUUUCACUCUGUUUUCAACAAAGAUAUUAAUGAAUCACUAAUGGAGCUGUUAAAUAGAUCUUGCUGUGAAGAAUUCCUUGCAGGGUUGAAUCUUGAUGUGACAGAAUCCCAUCAGUAACACUGAGAUCAGGCUAAGUGUAGGGUUUGUUGCUUGUUUCAAUGUACAUCAGUUUAGAAAGGUUCUGGUGCAUAGAUUCUACACAAAAACAUGACCUAGACUUGAAGUAGAAGUUGUGAUGUAUUGCACAAGCUGCUGACCAAGGCCAUAAUCUCCCAGUGGUUUGUAGUGUUGGAGUUUUGGUUUUUUUCUUGUGUUCAGUGUCUGAACUUGCAGGAACAAGAUUAUCACAGUGGUAUGUGAUAACCAAAACCUUUGGUAUUGCCUAUACCAAAGGUCUGGUUAUCACAUUACCUUGGCAACACCAAAACCUUUGGUAUUGCCUAUAUUUCACUCUGCAUAAUGUAUUACAGUUCCUAAAGAUUACUAGGUAAUUAAUGUGGAAUAAAGAAUAAGUCAGUCUGUACUGACUAGAAACUGAGUGCCUGGAAACUGAUAAAAAAAUCCUCUUAUAGCAUCUUUGGUUGGCUGAAGGAAACAGUUGGAUAGCCCUGCUGCAGACAGUUCUAUACACCUUAUGAUACAAAUAUUUGUAAAGGUUAAAUCUGUAAAUUAAAGCAAAUGGUGUAAUAAUUUAGCUAAUACUGUGAAAUGGCUGUCAAUGAAGAAUUUUAGGAUUAGUGUUUAGGCCAAUUGUGCAGGGUGAACUCUUUUACCAUCAAAGGUAAGGUGAAUUUUAAACUGAAGGAUUAAUCGACAGCUGAGUUUCCUGUCCUGUACCAAAGAAAUUCUAUUCAAAAGACACCAUUGGGAACUUAUAAUGAUCAAAUGACUGUGCAAUUUUGCAGUGCAAAUGUCAAUUUUAGACUAAGUGAUAAUAUAUUCAUCUGGUUUGUUUUCUACAGUGAAGAUUACAAAGCUACAACUAACUUAAUCUCUGGUGUGGCAU